GAUCUUAACCGAGCUAGUUAGCAUCUCCUGUUCUGCGAGCACGCAUCAGUCAGAGAAAAGAAAAGUCUUUGGUCUCCGUUCUAUUUGUCGUUUGGGCAUUCGAACACUGUACGUGAGCCUUUCUUCCGUUUUUCCUGUUAGCCUUCUUUUAGUUCUUAACACCAAAACAGCAAACCAAACAAGAUGUCCGUUGAUGAUGGUAAGGGAAUGCGGGCUGUGAUCCUGGUCGGCGGCUUCGGCACGCGUCUUCGCCCGCUGACGCUGACGGUGCCGAAACCGUUAGUCCCCUUCUGCAACAAGCCGAUGAUUAUCCACCAGAUCGAGGCACUUAAGAAGGUCGGGGUGACGGAGGUCAUCCUGGCCGUUGCGUACCGCCCGGAGGCCAUGAAGGCCGAGAUGGACGAGUGGGCCAAGAAGAUCGGUGUGUCCUUUGUCUUCUCGGUUGAAGAGGAGCCCCUUGGCACUGCGGGUCCUCUUGGCCUCGCGCGUGAUAUCCUCAUGCAGGACGACAAGCCGUUCUUCGUGCUCAACUCGGAUGUCACCUGCAUGUUCCCCAUGGAGAAGAUGCUCGCCUUCCAUAGGGCACACGGCGGCGAGGGCACGAUCAUGGUCACCAAGGUCGUGGAGUGGGAGAAGUACGGCGUUGUUGUGUACUCGCCGGAGUCGCAGAUGAUCGAACGCUUUGUCGAGAAGCCGAAGACGUUCGUCGGCGACCGCAUUAACGCCGGCAUCUACAUCUUCAACAAGAGUAUCCUGGACCGCAUUCCUCCGCGUCGCACCUCCAUUGAGAAGCAGGUCUUCCCGCUCAUGGCGGCCGACAAGCAGCUCUACGCCUUCAACCUGGAGGGCUUCUGGAUGGACGUCGGCCAACCGAAAGACUUCAUCACCGGUAUGACCAAGUUCAUUCCGUCCCUGAUUGGCGACCGCGCCACCGAGGACGUGCACACGGAGGGUGUCCAGCACCCCAAAGGCAGCCACUUCACCGUCGUCGGCUCGAACAUCAUCGACCCCUCCGCCACCAUCGGCGCCGGCGCUGUUGUGGGCCCGAACGCGUCUAUUGCGGCCCACUGCGUCAUUGGCGCCGGCUGUCGCAUCGACAACUCCGCCAUUCUGGCCAACACGAAGGUCGGCAAGGGCACGUUUGUGUCGCGUAGUAUCGUGGGGUGGAACAACCGUAUUGGCAGCUGGUGCCACAUCGAGGAGAUCUCCGUGCUGGGCGAUGAUGUCGAAGUGAAGGACGGCGUUGUGAUGAUUGGCACCAAGGUCCUGCCCAACAAGGACAUCUGUGACCAUCAGCUGCAGCCGACGAUUAUCAUGUAA